AUGGAAAACAAAAUGGCCUCUGAGCUGCUUGUCCAAGGUCUCUCCUUCCAAGCUCAACUGGAACACAACAUUGAAAGAGAAGAAGCUCAAGCAAGCCUCCACUGUGGAAAGAUGAAAAGGGCUGUCCUCCUUGACGAACUCUUGGGGUUGAAGCUACCACAAACUGUGAAGAAGGAACAGAACUGGGAAGCCCAACGGCCAAAAGUGCUACAAACUCCUAUUACCCCAGCUUGGAACAACUUGCAGCCACCUCUGUUAACCCAACAGGACGAUAUUGAGGCUUACCUGGGCACCUUUGAGCGUGUGGCUGAGGCCUGUCAAUGGCCUCGAGAAGAGUGGGUGACCCGGCUUGCGCCAGCCCUCAAUGGAAACAUCGAACAGAUCUCCUGUGCCCUGGGCGCCUGUGAUGUAAAGGAUUAUGAAACACUGAAAGAGGCCAUCUUGAAAAUACACAAUAUUACCGCAGAGACCCGGCGCCAGCGUUUCAGGCAGUUCUGCUAUCCAGAGGCCAAGGAUCCACUGGAGAUUUGUGGUCGCCUUCGGGAACUUUGCUACCAGUGGCUGAGGCCAGAGAGACAUACGAAAGAGGAGAUCCUGGAGCUUCUGAUUCUGGAACAGUUUCUGGCCAUCUUGCCAAAGGAAACCCAGAACUGGCUCAGGAGUCAAGGCCCUGAAACCUGUACGCAAGCGGUAGCCCUGUUGGAGAGUUUCCUGCUGCAGCAACAAAAGGCCAAAAGUUGGGGAAAACAGGAGUUGGCCCCAAAUGCAUAUGAGAAAGAGCCAGAUGCAUCAGGAGCUGGGCAGAACAUUGCCUGCCAGGAAGGUGGACAAGAGAGUGAGGCUGACAGCAGCUUGCAAGAUGUUGGAAUGAUCCCCAGAGAAAAAGGGCUGCAGCCUGCCUUGAAAGGUGAGACAGAGGAACUACAAAGCAGCUUACCAACAAUACAUGCGGGUGACCUUGUGCAGAAUCAUGACCAGGGGAGAGUGUGGGCUAACCAGGACCUAACCGCAAAUGAUCUAAUCAGACUUCCAUCAACAACGGACAAAAACAUUUCUGCUGCUUAUCAUGAUACAGGGCACCGCAAGAUUCAGGACAUCGGUGUGGGCACAGGAGGAAAAUCAAAUAUAACUAGACCGCAUGGCAAGAGCUUUGGCAGGCAGAUAGAGCUUCUCAGAGACAAGAGAAUGUAUCUUGGAGAGAAACCGUAUCAGUGCCCUAAGUGCAGGAGGAGAUUCAGUGAAAGCACAGCCCUUCUCCAGCAUCUCAAAAGCCAUUCUGCUGAGAAACGAUACCAGUGUACUGAGUGUGAGAUGCGCUUCCGGCAGAGCUCAGACCUCAUCAAACAUCAGAGAAUCCACACAGGGGAGAAACCAUACCAGUGUCAGGAGUGUGGGAAGAGGUUCAGCCUGUGCUCAGCUCUGUACAGACACUGCCGGGGACACUCUGGGGUGAAACCAUUUCAGUGCAAAGAGUGUGGGAAAAGCUUCACACGGAACUCUAGUCUAGCACAGCACCACCGGCUUCACAAGCGGUAGAACCUGGAGUGUGGCCUGGACCCAAAUAUCAGCAG